AUGUGGUGGCCGCAAGACGGCUCGGGAGGAUGCGAGUCAUAUACUGUAUAUAUACUGUACAUAGCCAUGGCGAUCGAAAAACUUGAGCACAACCAACUGAAAGAGAAAUCAAGAGAAAGCGUCGGGGAGGUGAGAUGGAGGCGACAAGACGGGCGACGGCGUCCAAGAAACAACCAAAGGCAGGCAUCUCUUCACAAAUCUAAAUCUCUGCCCGACGAUGGGGCGAAAAAUAAAUUCGAAAUUGAAAAUCCGAUGGUUGUGUCAGGUGGGGGCUCUGUGCUCCUAGGAGAGGUUGUCGUCAGUGAAGAAAUGAUGAUAAUAAAUGGAAUCCUCGUCUACACGUGCCAUCACAAGCCUUUGGGGUUGGCUGUGUCCCUGUCAAAUAGCUCAUCAGCCUCCUCGGAAUUAUCCUCGUGGAUCUCAACAGGAUUCCUAUGUUUUGGGUAUGAAAGAAUAACAACAAAUGCUUCUGCGUACUCUGCGCCGCAAGUUAGAAAAUGGCUGUGUCAGCGAGCUCUCCUCAUCUGUUAUGGCGGCACGCCGCAAACACUGGCGGUAUCCGCCGUGGAAUAUUCGCCGGGAUUCCUCUUCGUCCUCUACUCUCCCAUCGUAUUCGUCUUCACCUUCCUUCUCAUCCUCUUUCAGUUCCCAAUUGCCCUCGUAAUUCCUCUUUCUACUUUACCUAAUCUGAUCCGACGUCGUUUUCGCCCUUCUUCCUCCGCUAUGUUCUCGCCGGAGGCUGAUAAUCCUGCCGGCGCCGGCGCUUGA